UGCUUCAUGAUUUCGUCAGGACUAGCUGUUCAGCACCGUUUUUCGUGGCCAACGGAGCUUGGAAGCUCACUGGGAUCAAUUAAAGCGCAAUGCGUGGCUCGUUUGGCCUUCCUCAACCCCCCUCCAUCGAGAUACGAUCCACCAAGAUAACAAUGGCAGACUUGAAAGAUAUCAGAAGGCGCAGGUGGCUACGUCAUAUUGUAAUUGAAUGCAGUUCCCCCAUCGCAUCAUCUUCCAUUGCUUUCAUAUCUUUUUGUAUAUCUGAUCUAACGUUUAAUCCUCAAAGCCGCCUCUUUCCAAAAUGUACCGCACUCACUAUCAAGUUCAUCUCCCUUGCCAUUCUGGCUCUGGCAGCCAUCAGCACUGUCGUCGCUGCUCCAACGCUUGCCGCUAACAAGCGCAAUUCGUCUGGUCAAGUGGCUUACUACAAGGCCGGACUGAUGAGUUGCAUCACCACGCUCUCUCGACCACUUUAUGUAUGAAGCUGAAAUGCACUACGCUUCAAUCUGUGCCGGGAGACUGCGAUUGACAUAACGGCAAUGAACAUUACCCCGUCGCCCUCAAUGGUGCUCAAUAUGGCAACAUGAACCGGCAGAGCAGUCACUGUGGUUAAGAUAACGAUGUAACCAACAAGCAGAACAGCAAGACUCAGUAGGCCAAGGUCGUCGACACUUGCCCGCCUUGCGACUGGGGCUCGCUCGACCUCUCUGCUACCAAUUUGCAGAG